GCCUCGUCCCGCGCACCUCCCAACGAACAGGAAGAUGCUCGGCGGUUUCUACGCGCACACGAUCAGCGAGACCCAGCGCACAACGCCCAAGGAGCGCCUCACGCAGCGCCACGGGCCCGAGGGCCGCCUCCGCACGGGCACGACCGACUCGAACGACUCGUCCAUGCACACGCACGGCUCAGGCCCGGACGCGAUCUACUACGAGUACAAGCCGUCCUUCCGCUUCUGCCUCGACACGAUGGUCGUCGACCUCAUCAAGAGCGUCGACGGCGCCAAGCACGUCGCGUCGCCCGAGAAGCCGCGCCGCGUCCACCACGAAGCAGUCGACCUCCAAAAGCCGGUGAUGCGCAUGGCGUACGCGGGCGGUAUCUUCACGUAGACUCUAUCCGACGUCUUAUAUUUAUGUAAAUUAAAACCAUCCUCCG